UGAAAAUAACCCAUUCUGUUGUGACAGAGCAAUUAGCAAUCAUACGUCAUCUAGUAUUUAACUACUCCUUUCUUACUUUGCCUUGGUUGGUUUCGAAACCCGGGCCAAACUCUUAACCAAUCAGAAUCACCAUUAAAACCAAUCGUAACAAAUCACUCGCGUUUUCCCGCGCUCCAAACAGCUUGAAUUCUCAUUGUCUCCCCGUAAUAUUUUCCUCUCCCCUUUUGGCUGUUAGUAUCUAGUUUUUAUUUUACGAUACCCAUGGAAAUUCUCUCACGGUUUUGAGAACAUUAAUUAUAAAGAAUGGACUCAUUCCUUAUUCAUUCCAUGUUUUCAUGGCAUCUGUUCUCGCAUACUUCUGUAUAUCCUAUAGUGUAACUAUAUCCCAUAGUCAUCUAUACGUUGGAGAAAGCAACGUGGACGCAGUUGUUUCUGGUGUAACUAUCCCUUGGAUGCGACCGGUUUUUAAUCUGAGGAUUGAUCCAAACCAGCUGUCCUCAGGAAGUGAUACUGUCAGCUCCCUUUCACUUCCUCCGGGAAACAUCACUGGCGAGAUGAAUUUCAGUCGCGUCCUUGUUCCUCUUCAACGUUUCAACUGUACUUGGAUUGAAUAUGAUGUAAAUGGCACGUUAAAAAUCACAGCCAGGGAAGUUAGAGAUGAGGAAAAAGAGAGGAAAGCUAUGGCUAAAACUCACCUGGAUCUCGUUCUCAGCAGCAUUUCUACAGUGGCUGUUAUAAUUUGCUUAAUACUGCUUUCCUGCCUAAGGAUAAGAAACUCCGAGAGAAUAUUUGUUCAUAAAAACCUUUUAAUAUCCAUAUGCCUGGUUUACAUACUGAUGAUCUUGGACUCGUAUAUUUUUACAAACAGGAAGCAGACACCGAAAUUAUGUUCAGCUAUGGCUGUCCUCCAACAUAUAACACACACCGCUAUUUUCACCUGGAUGUUGGUUGAAGGAAUUCAUCUUUACAUCAAGCUGGUGAAAGUUUUUUCAGUCCACAAGCUCUACAUCACAUACAUUGUCAUCGGGUGGGGUCUACCAGUUGUUGUUGUGGGUCUAAUAGCAGCCAUCAGACCUGUGACAUAUGAUAUGAGCAAGACAUACUACAAGGACGUCACGUGUGGAUCACUGAAACUUUCAGCGGAGAUUAUACGUGACAGGUGCUGGCUUAAUGACGGUGAAUGGCUGUAUAAAGGACCAAUCUUGGCAAUUCUCGUGGUCAAUCUUGUGAUAUUUGUAAUUCUGCUGAGAGUGAUCUUCACCAAGAUAUCGAAAAAAUAUCAGACUGAUAAUGUAGAGAAGACCAGAAAAGGAUUGAGGAGCAUCGCAGCUCUACUUCCCCUGUUGGGUGUCAUGUGGCUGCUGGGGUUUUUCAUCCACUGGAGUGAAGUCCUUGCGUAUUUGUUCAUCAUACUCAACUCGACCCAGGGUUUGGUGUUUUGUAUCUUCCAUGGCUUCUUGGAUGACCAGGUGAGAGAGAGUUUGCUCAGAUCCAUUAGAAGGACACGAUUAGGAAUGAUGACCCAAAUUGGGAGAUCAUCUAUUGUAUCAACAACUACUCAGUUGUCACCUGGAGGUAUUAGUUCUUAUUAGCUCAUUCUUGCUUUA